CCAUGUGUUGGACAUUUGCGAAAGGACCCAUUUAAAGAGUGAUUAAAUUUGUUGUUAAUACUAGGAAAACGCUUAAAAUGGCUUGGUGCAGGGGCAUGAACGGAGAAGGCACAACCAUGGAUAACUACCGGGGCUCCAUGCACACGUGGAACCCACCGGUGGUGAUCAAGCAGGAACCAGAGUAUGACCCGUACGGAGACACAGCACAGAGUCAUCACAAUCAUCAUCCACAGCAGCACCAGUUGCAGCAUCCGCACCAACAGCAGAACUCUUCGUCACAGCAUCAUCAGUCAGGCUCUGAAUUCGUAAGGUCAUCGUACUUUCAGCAGCAGUCCCAUUACAUGAUGACUCCGGAGAAUGGCUGCCACUAUCGCAUGGCCGAGGCGGGCCAGCCAGAGGAUGAGGAAGACAGCCCUGGCACACCCAAAAAGCGUGGCCGCAAGAAGAAAAUCAAGGUGGAAGACCAGGAGCAGGCCUUGGGUCUUGAGCCGGGGCAACCAGUUCCUGUGAUCCGGAAACGUGGUCGGCCACGGAAAUAUCCUAUCACUGAAGGGCUUGACAGCAUGGAUGAUUCCCGCCGCCCUCUGAAGCAGGAAAAGAUAACAGAUUCGUUCAAGCAGAGAAAGCGCAUUGACCGCUUCGAGGGCAUGCCCGAGGAAGAAGUUGCCAAGCGGACCUUGCCCGACCAUUUGGUGCCCAACCUGGACAUUGUCAUCAUUGGCAUCAACCCUGGCCUUUUUGCUGCUUUCAAAGGUCACCACUAUGCUGGUCCUGGGAACCAUUUUUGGCGCUGCCUCUUCUUGGCUGGCCUCAUUCCCGAGCCCAUGACGGCUGUGGAUGACUUCAAACUUAUCCAGUAUGGCAUUGGCUUCACCAACAUUGUGGCUCGCACAACACGAAGCAGUGCUGAUUUAUCCAGGAAAGAGAUCAAGGAAGGUGCAGAGAUACUCCUGGACAAGCUAAAAAUAUUCCAGCCCCGCAUAGCAGUCUUUAAUGGGAAAGGAAUCUAUGAAAUUUUUUCUGGAAACAAGAACUUUGUGUUUGGGCGACAGCCAGAGCCAAUUGAAGGGACCAAUGUGUCGGUGUUCGUGAUGCCAUCUUCAAGUGCUCGGUGUGCUCAGCUGCCCAGAGCAGUGGACAAGCUUCCAUUCUAUGUGGCACUGAAGAAGUUGCGCGACCACCUGCGAGGGCACCUACCCAUGCUGCACCCAUCUGAGGUUACAUUCCCAGACGUUAAACUCAAGGUGGAGACAAAGGAAGAGCCAUGUGAUGAUGAAGAUGCAGCCACAAAUGAAUCUGACCCUUUUUCUACCGAGGGCACAGAUGACGGGAGCUCGGGAUAUGAUGGCAACAACACGUCUCACAUGCAGAAAGCAGCCAAGUCUGGGAGGAGUAACAACCACUACCAGUGCAGUGCGUCAUCCUUGUGUGUUCAUCUCGUACCUGCAUUUGAUGAGUCCUGUGCAGCCCAGAGACAAGAGUCAAGCAGCUUCUUGUUUGAAUAAUGUGCACCUUCACUGUAGAGCUCUGCCACAUGAGAGCAUAAUCACUCAGAGCAGGUUGUGACAUCACCCUCAACAUUUCUACUAGCCAAUAUGUGCCAGAUGUCCGUGGUGGCGGACCUGCAUUUGGGAGAAGACUUAGUGCCAAGGUUGCUUGUGGGAAACUGCGAUCUCACCCAACAAAUCAUGUCAUGGUAGCAAGGAAGAGAAGGAACACAGCUUUGUCUUUCAGAUAAUCUGAACAACUUAAGGCCUCCAAAAGAUUCUUAGCAGCGUGGUUGGCAUAAACCAAUGCAAUCUAUUUUUGGUCACUCUAGCCAAAAUGUCCAAGUCAUGGUGAAAAAGCUUGGCUGCAUCACUGUCAUUGGAUUUCAACAGUGUUACAUAUGCAUCACUUGUUAAGCUAACACUGGUUAAAACAAAAUGUGGUUUUGUGUGGACCCAACGAAUCAAGUCACCUUGCAAGAGUUUAUGUUACAAUGGGAGUAAACUGUUUGUGCAUUACCAACCAGGUAUGGCAAGCUGACAAUCUAUGAUAGCAUUUCAUACAUCAGCCACAGAUUGUUGGCACAGAUUUUUUGAGGGUAUUAUGCUUGAAUCAUAAACCCACCUGCUUGUUCUGAGAAGUAUGUUGAGCAAAUUCUCAUGUUUCCUAAAAAUUUUUGGAGUAUAAUAGCGUUACACCCCCCCCCCCCCCACUAUGUAAUACCCUCGUGUGAGGGCCCUUAGGGGUAAUGUAAAUAAAUAAAUAAAAAUACCGCAGUUAAAAAAAAAAGAACAGAAUACUAAACUUUUUUUUUUACAUCAGAAAUGAAUGAUAAGGAAUUCAUGCAGGCGCACAAAUUUUCAUUCUGAUGACUGCCAUGUCAGCAAAGCUGAGAAUGUAAUCAUGAAAGUUAACAGAAAGGUUGAAAGUUGGAAUAUUCGAAUGGCCAAUGUGUAGAAGGCAGAAGGUACCUCUCAGAAGAGGCUGCUUUCUUCUUUUUUUUUUUUUCAUAGCGGACUUUCAUUGUAGUAUACAAAUUUGGCUGACAUGUAAUAAUCCAUGCUGGUGAUGGAGGCCAUACCAUGAGGUCACCAUUGUAGAAUAAAAGGAAGACAAAAAUGAUCUGCAUUCUUAUUUUUUUCUGCUGUUGUGGUUUACCAAAAGGCAUGACUGAAGGUAAAUUGAUGUACUGCAAAGGUGAACACAGAAUGACAUUGAUGAAAAAACAAGAAAGGAACAGGUACCUCACACCUGUCUUUAUUUUUUGUCAGUGUCUGUUCAUCUCUGCAGUGCAUCAAUACACCUUCAGUCAUGUCACGCCAAAAAGCCCCAAUUGAAGCACCUUUAAACCAAAAGGUAGUUCCAGAAAGGCUGUCUACAAAAGUAGCUGCUGGCUGUCGUUAAUGUAAGUCUUUCCAGUAUUCUUGUGACCUCGUGGCUGCCUUGUUCAAGUUCUUAUGUUCUGCUGUACAAUGUCAGAGUAGUUGUAAGGCAAAUAUUACAUCUGCAAAGGCCACAUAUUUAUUGAACACAUUUGUAGACACUGCCUGCAUGUCACCUGUCAAUGAACUGUACAUUUCUGAUGUUAUAAAUAAUGUAUAUGUAUUGGUCUGAUUUUACCAUAUGACUUCAAAAUUCAUACUUGUAAUUGCAUGUUUUGCUCUGCUGUUGAAAAUUCCAAGAAAACUGAUAGACCCACAAACAAAGCAAGGAUGUAGUCUCGAUGAGAAAGUAUCAUUUCACACGCAACAUCUGCUUUUGGCACUUGAUCUUAAAAAAAUAACUAAACACUUGCAUACACAAUCUGGUGCAAUAAAGGAAUGUAGCAGACUGAUGUGCAGGAAUGGUGAUGCCUACGAGCAUGUGUGCUAAAAUGUGAACUGCAGGCACAUAAUUAAUUUUAGGUUCCCUUUGUGCUUUGUCACAUUUACAAUAGUCCUUGAACUGUUGGGCAUCUCCCAAAUGAGGUAAUGCACCCCAAUUACAUUAUGGCACACACAGCUGGCUGAGGCAGUAACGACAGUGUGUUAUACCAAGGCGCUUAGCUUUUGGCAUUAUUGUGCAAUUUAAAGACUGAUAUAGUUUAGGUGUGUUCCUCUAACUUGUUUUAUGAGUGUACAGAUGCAUUUAUUGUUGUCACAGAAUGAAAAUGCAGUCUGAAAUCUUGCAUGAAAACUCACGUGAGUUCCUCUUGCUUCUUUGUUUUAUAGAUUGCUUUACUGCGACUGUUGCAUUUUAUUUUUUUCCCUCCUCACAUCACUUAUGUGUCCUGUUAAGGCCCUAGUGGAAGAGCGCAAUUGAUCAUUUCAAUUUUUAGUUCCAAUAAUGAAGUGCUAAGAUCUUGUGCAUGAGUACAUUUGUGUCUUCAAAUAUUUGUGUUCUAGUGUGUAAAAUACAGGGGGAAAUGCUAAGGUGACACAAGAGCAUUUCCAAGUGUAUAAAUGUCGUGCAUAAAUCUGGUUGCAUCUACAACAUAAGUUGAGCUUAGCCUUUAUAUUGUGCUUACAUAUGAUUAUGAAACUGGCAGAUGUUGCUUGUAACUAUUGUGCUAAACCCAAAGCACAAGUGUGUAUGUAUUCUCAAUCCAGUUGCUUAUAAUUGGUGCUAAAUGGCUUCAGAAGAACUCUGUGUGGUUCGAAGUUGUUUUGAAACAGUGGGGGGGACUUUGUAAUCCUGCCUGUCUGCAGCUGGUCUGAAAUUGUGUUUUGACCUUAUUAGAGCGUUCCUCACCAACUUUGGGCAUUGAAAAUGUGUCCGCAAAAUGUUACCCCUGUGUCGGCAGUGGUUCACACGGCAGCCCUUAUUGCCAGAGCAGCCAAUGUGUAUAUGUUUGAAAACAGUAUGGUACCUUUGAGAUAAGACAGCUGAAUUUCUUAAGACAAACUUAUUUUCCCAAUUUGUUUAGCUUAACAUUGUUACACAUAAAUCAGGUACAAAGCUGUUUACAGGAUAUGUUAACAACGCCUCGUGUUUGGUGCAGCAUAGCCUUAGCCACUUUUGCGCCAAUAAACCCUAUUUAACUAACUAAUAUGUUAACACUUCUAUAUCAGUAGUAAAGGAAGUAUACCAUAGGGCUUUAUGUGUAAGUGAUGACUUAAGACAAGAGAGGCUAUGGACUUAGAGAGACAAAAAAAAUGCCAUACAUGCAUCAUACAUGCAUAUGUCUCGCAACAAUUUAAAAAAACUUUUAAAAUUUACUCCUGGCUCAUCGUCUCACAUCUAACAAGGGAUCACAUUUCAUGCCCUAUUUUGUUUUGUAACACAUGGUGUCUUCACGACUCAAUUGUUCAUCCACUAGAAUUGGAAAACAUCUAUUGUCUGUAAACGUAGCACUUCGAAAACAGAGUUGCUUCAGCCAAGUGAAGUGCCGCCUGUUUUGUCUUCUUGCAGCGCUGGAGGAAAGUCAGUGCACAGACCUUCUUUGUGUGCCCCUGAUCAAUAGGGGUGACACUGAAUAGAUGACAGACUUUGAUGACACAAUGAAUACGCAAGUCACAACGCAGUCUCAAAUGUGUGGCAAGGAGAGCUGUGCAGUGCAGGAUUAGGGUGCAGUUCAUAUUUGCAUAGGCACUUGUAAAUAUUGUAGUGUAAAGUUUUUAGCCGCUCGGAAUGCGAGAGUCUUUCCGAAGCACAGAAAUAUCAGGACACAUAAUGCUUCGAAAGUGUUCAGUUAUUGUGUAAAGCAGAGCACUGUGGGUGGCAGGGCCUCGCUCAACAUGGCAAAUGAUUGUGUUGUUCUGGCACAUCUGCUUGAUAUUGAAGUGUUUUAUUUAUUUGUGUGAAAAAUGACCUUGCACAAAUCUCAAUUAUGUGUUAGAAAUUGCACCAUUAAGUAUUUCAUGUAGCAGUUUAUUUUUGGAUUUGUACAAUUGUUUGCUGACUAAAAAGUUAGUUAAAAAUGUUUAAAAAAAUUAAAGUCAGUUCCACGCAUGUGAAAUCUGAGGAAACGACAGAGCUGUGGUUCUCCUAUGUUUCCCUUGCGAUUAUCUUUUGUGUACCUGUUCUUUUCUUGUGAUUAUCGCUUCUUUUCAUGUGAUAAUCUAUUCUUUUCUUAUGAUUAUCUAUUCUGUUAUUGAGUAAUUAUUGGUUUUGUUUGAUUAUCCUCUCAAUUUAUUGCUAAUGUUUGUUACUCCAAUCUUCUCAUUUAUCAUCUGUAUCGUUGCGUUGAGCUAGGAUAUGCGGUUCAUGUUUCUUAGGGAAACGCAGGAAAACCCCGAUGCUUUGAUGAGCGUGCGCUGAUGUUAUAGCCGUUCGGUGUCCACUGUUUCCGAAGUGGGUACAGGCAGAAUUCACCGGCAUGUGCACUGGGACCUCCUAACCGUUGGCGUCCAUGGCGCAAAAGGGUGUCUUUCUCUGUGGUCGUCUGAUGGGCGUGCUCUCUCUUAUAUACUCCUAUCCUCUCCCCUCCUCCUUUCCCACCUCCUGGCAUGCGCUAAUAAUCUGUUGGCGCAGCGGGGAACCUUCGCCUGGCGUGACAUAGGCAUGCUGACAACCGCGCUCAAUGGACAUUGCGAGUCCCUAAACAGCUUUGCUGUUAAUAUUCUUUACCAUAUAGCUAGCCAGUACUUGAAUUAGUACUUCUGCAAGAUUAUAUUCAACAACAUACUAUCACUUUCAAUUUCGGACAGUAUAAAUUUCGAACAAACUUAUCAUAAGUAUUUUGAUAAGUUUUAUCACUUCAUGCAAGUUCAUGAUGCACCAUGCAUAAAACAAGGUGCAAUGGUAUAACUGAUCAUGCUGGAAAAACAGGAAAUAUGAGACGCUGGGCGCACUGUCAUGCAUCUGUUUGUGUGUCCAGUGUCCCUGUUGUAUUUCUAGUACACAAUGCACACCUGUGAGUUAUAGAAUGUAUUUAUGGGCCAAGGUUAUCCUGGAAACCAACGAUGCAAAAAAGAAAAAAAGCUAUUGGUGGAACUCUGCCAUUUAGUUUAAAGCUUUGCUCUUCCCUACAUUGUUAACCUACAAGUUCAUCAUUUUACGCAGCUGCAGUUAACAUGUUUUGCUUUAUGCUAAUGUGCACUACCAUGGUGGCAUAAUGUAAAUACAGUUGCCUUUCAUGUUCAGGGUUGAACAUUGCUUUGCGGCAUUUUUCACACAUUUUUGUCUCUUCUACAACUGUAAAAUUUACUUCUCAGCAUUUCAUUUAGCUGACUUUUCAUGCACAUUAAACAUCUUUACUUCCAGUUGCACUGACAUAAACGCUUGCUGGCAUAGCCUCGGUUGUGUGUGAGGCUAGCAUUGCUUUGAAUGCAUCCUGCAAGACUGCUUUGGGCUACGAAACCUACAUGCGCUGCACUGUUAUUUGCAUCUGCAGCUGUCGUGUGCUCUGAUUUUCUGUGCGGGGGGCGUGUUUGGUAAAUUCUGAGCUUGAGAGCUGCUUCUUGUUCUGCAUUAAUCUCUUUGACUGUCCACUUAUUUAUUUGUGUAGGAGGACACCAAUCUCCUCAGAGCUAUACACAAGGCUCUGAUUAGAUAAAAAUGCAGCUGUUCAUCUCAAUUUAAGGUUAGAAAGCAGGUUGUAAUGUUUUCACAGAAGUGGGCUACAUGUGUUUUGAUCUUGCUCUUUGUGAUGGGCACCCUAUCAUUGGAUGCAUUAUUCACCAUGAGAUGAUUGCUUGAGCACAGGAGCUUCAAUUGCAUUCCAAUGAGCAUGGGAGGAAAGCCAGCCAGCCACACUGAUGCAAGAUGUGCUGUGCUCUUCUGAUUAUGUGCCAAGCUUUACCUGAAUCUCCACCCUGAAACAGCGCACUGCUCAAAAUGCGGGUUUUUGCCUAAAUGACACUGCAUGUAGAAUAUAGUACAUUUUCAUUCUUCCAAUGGUGUUGGAGGUAGAUCAUGUGCAAACAAAUGCUGUGUUUUCCGGGAGACACAGAAAAGCCUUAGGUGCAGCCAGAUGCAGAAGAAAUAAAGACUGCUUCCACUGCACAUAUUGCUUCACCACUGGUGAUCAAUGAUGAACCUGCAUUGCUUGUUGUAGAAGCCUGUCUUUUUGAAAAUAGUGGCAUUGCACAAGAUCUUCAUAAGCUGAGCUAUGUAAUCUAUGUAGCCUGAGCUGAGCUAUAUAGACUCAAAGAAAAGUUUACACCCUUUGGAGUGCAUAUUUGCCACACAACAAUAAUCACCACCUGCCUUGCCCGCAUUUCCUUUCUUGAAAACGCUGGACUCGUUACUUUCCUCUCGGGAAUGCUAUGCCAUGCUGAUAACGCACAUGCCGUUCGUUAAAGAAAGGAAAUGCAGACGAGACAGAUGACGAUUAUUGUUGUGUGGCAAAUAUACACCCCAAAGGGUGCAACUGUUUUUACAGUGUAAGAGCUUCACACCCUGAUAAGCUGUUUUCCAUCACACAGUCAAUCAGUGCUUUUAAUCAUGUGAUCUGCUGCAUCCCUGCCAGUCACCCAGACCUUUUCUGUACAAAAUCAGCCCAGCAUGCCACACUGGCUUGCAACAUGAAUUAUGCAUAGUUUCUCAGUAUAAAGAAGCAUAAAAACUUUAGCACAGGCACUACCAUUUUACUAGUGAUCCCAUUGAGUUCUUGUACCUAUAUAUAAAAAGCUCGCUAGUGUGAAGCAACGUGCUGGCUUAUCUUUUACACUGUGCACCAAUACAAAAGAGAAAAUGCCCUUUAAAGCAAGUACUUUUCGUUCAUGUUUAUAAACACAAGAGCUAUGUAGAGUUUGGCAGCAAGUGACUUUGUGACUUGUAAAAUCACUGUCUGGACACAGAAUAAGGGUUCCGUUUAAUUCAGGCGCAUGCGAGCAUACCAAGAAGCGCAUGGACAGGAGGCCCAAAGUACUUGCUUCUGAUGUGGCAGAUGAAUAAAUUUUCAUGAAAUAAAACAAACCAGCAGCAGAAGCAAUAGUGCCCUGCCCAUUAUUGCAUGGUGACCCAUUCAUCCUUCAAGUGACUGACAAAAUGUAAGGGUGCUGUCAUUGCCUGCAUGCAGGUCUUUUCAUGGCAUGGGGGCAACUGAAGAGACAAGUGCUGGUGCUGACAUAAACCAUAUUUGUAUUCACUCACACUGGUGCAAAUUGAACGGCGUUUUCUGUGUUUCGAGCAGUGAGCUUGACAUGCAUUAAAAAUGACAUUCAUUUAUUGUUGAAUGCAUUUCCUGAACACUUUGCAAUUGGGCUUUGUCCAUAGAAAGCGCGGCAUGUUGCAAGGUGGAGUGUUGACAUGGGUGCAUUGUUGCAGUUAUUAGCACUGCAUUGAUUUUCCCUGAUGGAAUGAAAGUAGGCACUGGGUGGUGCUUACGUAGUUUCUGCUUGUGAUGUCUAUCGAAUCAGCAAGACCUAAAAUAUAGAAAAAUUCACUUUCAUAAGACUGUAUAGUCUGCAACUGUAGACUCCUGCACACCCGUUAUUGUUUCCUUUGGUGUCUACACACAUCAUUGUUCUAGCUUGUACAUAAAAAUAGUAUGCCUUCAUUGUUUCUUGGCUUUCUCCUACAUUAUAUGGUAUGAUUUUGCAUGCUGUGUUGGGCAUGCUGGGCUUUCGUGUCUUGUUUUGUUACAAGAAUUGUUGAGAUCAUUGUGACUAUCAUCUCCCAUAACAAGAGAGACGGAAAGACUUGCAGCAGUAAUAUAUAAAUAUUAAUAUAUAAACGUAACCACAGAUGCAAGACAGACUGAAUGGCAUCAAGCAAGAUGACGUAGCAACUGAGCUCACAAUUGAAGACAACUAUAUAUAUAUAUAUAUAAUUCUGACUUCUCUUUUCAGCUCUGUAUGUUUAUACCCAAUGUACAAUGCCAAUGCUAGCUUUCUUUGUCUGUGCUGCAUCUUUUGUACUUGUUACCUCUCCAGUACAUUUUCUUUCUAUUGUACAGACAAUGGACUGAUGACUUUUUCUAUUACUGCAGCUUGCUUUGCUAUUGUUGGUUUCACGUUGAGGGGCUAUAUUUGUUUUCUUUGUAUGUGCUCUUCUUAUUUCAGUGCAGGCCAUCUGCCUAGCGGACUAUUAGACAUGGAUAUUUGUUUGUUUUGUGAGUGUGGAUGUGUGUAAGAAACACACAAAACAUUGAAUAAAAAGAAACAGCUAUUUUAAGCUCUUUGCA